AUGGAACACCCAGCUUUCACACUUUCCGGUUUGUGCUUUGUCGGCGGCGUCAUGGGCUACGACCGUAAGGCAUCCGUGCCUUCCUUGGCCGCCGGCAUCACUUUCGGCGCCAUUUACGCCGGCGCCGGCUACUUGUUGAAGAACAACAGAGACUGGGGUUUGGAAAUCGCCUUGGGCGCCUCCACCUUCUUGCUUGCCGCUGGAAUUGGAAGAUCCAUCCCUACCCACUUCUCGAAACCCGUUCCCUUGGUGCUUUUGGGUUUGGGUGCGGUUCUGACCGCCUACUAUGCCAAGAAGUACAAUGAGUUCUACCCCAUUUGGAAUUGA